AUGAGCACUGGCAUUCGCAUUUACAAUCCACAUUCAGUAAUAUCUUAUCUAUAUAAUGACGCUAUUAAUAAUUAUUGGAUCAAUAGUAGUCAGACAAUCACAAUUAUAAAAUACCUAAAAAUGUGUGGAUCGGAUAUUAAAGAACUGCUCUAUAAUCAUUUAUAUUCCUUCUAUCAAUCGCAAGAAGUUGAGUCUGGUGAAAAUCAGUUUGACAUUUUACAAGACGUGCAACUAAAAUUGAAUCUCCGAUACGAUCUCCUUGAUAAGGAGCCAGAGAUAAACGCAAUAUAUACUUUAUUAUACUAUAGUGGUUACUUGACCGUGGUUUCACCACCAAUAAAUACUACGACGGUCAAACUAGUUAUCCCAAAUGAAGAGGUAGCAAACCAAUGGAAGUUGUGGAUUUUUGAAAUAAUCGGCAUGAAACGUGUAAAGACAAACGAAAUUUACGAAUCAUUGUUCAAAAAAAAUAUUGUUAUGUUUUGCGACCAAUUUCCAUCACUUUAUACGGAGUUAGUGUCUUGUUAUGAUAUUGCCGAUUCCAAAAGAUGUAAAUUAUACGAAACUUGGUACCAUUCAUUUAUUCUCGGAACACUUGCUAUGUAUCAUGGUGAUGAAUACCAGGUGUUAUCUAAUCGUGAAACUGGGGAAGGCCGCCCGGAUGUUCGGCUAGAUCAAAUUGUCGAAAAGAAAUACCGGGCAAAUCUUUCAAAUAAUAUCAAGGUAAAAGUUGAGGUCGCCAUUGCUUUCCAUGAAAAGAAUGUUUUUGUUUCAGCCCGUUGCCUAGAACGUAAAAAAGAUGGAUUUAUAAUGAAUGAUACCUGGGAAGUUGUUGCUGAAUCGGAAUCUGCUUAG